AUGUGCGUUAAACCAGAAAAUAUUCUUAUUAAAGAUGAUAUUUUAAAAUUAGCUGAUUUUGGUUCUUGUCAACAAACAUUCUCCAAACAACCAUUUACAGAAUACAUCUCUACUCGAUGGUAUCGAGCACCUGAAUGUUUAUUAACUAAUGGAUAUUAUCGAGAUGCAACAGAUAUUUGGUCUACUGGUUGUGUUAUGUAUGAAAUAACAACACUUCGACCUCUUUUUCCAGGCACUAAUGAAUUAGAUCAAAUUAGUAAAAUUCAUGAUGUAUUAGGUACACCAACGUCUAGUACGUUAGAAAAAUUUCAACAUCGAAACACAGCAGUAGACUUCAAUUUUCCUCCUCGACGUGGUACCGGUAUUGCACGUCGUCUAUCACAUUCUUCAUCGGACACUACCGAUUUAAUUAAUCAAUUGUGUGUUUAUGAUCCAGAUCAUCGUAUUACAGCAGCUCAAGCUCUUCGACAUCCAUAUUUUAAUGCUAUCAGAACUGAAGAGAAUCAACAAAUACCAGCAACUGCAGAUGAUGCUUCAUGGAUUACGGAUGUUCAAGUAAUAAAAACAAAUGAAGACAAUCACGUGAGAUCUAAUUCAAGUAGUAGUAAAUCAAGUACUGAUGAACCAAUUACAUCAACAAGAUCGAAUGUUUAUAAUUCAUCUGCAAUACAUCAACAAUUGUUUGAUCCUACCUUUCAUAGACUUCUUCAUCCUCCACCAAAAGCUCAAUCAUUGAUUGAUACUAGAGUUCAUGGUCAUUCAAUAAAAAAAUCUCCUGUAAAAUAUAAAAAUACUAUAAAAUCUAAAUAUGCACAGCCACACUAUCCGUCGUCUCAAUACAAGCAAUCGCAGUUGUAUUACACUAAUUUAUCAUCUAUGGGAACAAGCGGUUUACCACAUCAUUCAUCUCCAAAUAUUCAAUUAAUUAAAAGUACUCCAUCACCAUUUUUACCGAAAAUAUCAGCUGCUUCAGCUUUCUCAACUUAUUCUCCUGAUGUUGGAUAUUCUGUACAACCAACUACUAAAGUAAAAUAA